AUGGGAUAUUCAACACCUGAUAAAGCAGCGUCAUAUCCAAAGGAGUGCUAUUACAUAGAAGACAAGGAAACUCUACCUAACAUAUUGGACUUAGAUGUCACAUCAGAAAAAAGGAUAUUUUUCCAUGAAACUUCUUGCGACUCUAACAUUAAGGACAAGAUUACCAUCUCCGCGCAACACGCGUGUGCAGUGGAGAGCGCAGCCAGGUUGAACCCCCAGUAUGACGUAACUCUGAUUUACAAUUCUCCUGGUGUUAUUAAAAUGGAAGACGACGAUACGGAUAAGCUUAUACAAGGAUUGUUGACUUACAAAAAUAUUAAAUUUGUUUACGCCAACAUUAAUCAGUUUAGCAAAGGUACCUUUAUGGAGGACGUGCUUACUCCAGCCUUUUCGGAGAAGUUUGGAGGUGUGAUAAACGAUGCGCUUGAUUCUUUUAGGUAUAUUAUUUUGUGGAAAUAUGGAGGAAUAUGGAUAGACCUUGAUAUGAUAGUUACCAAACCGCUGGACGACCUUCCUGCUAACUUUGUUGGUAUGGAAUCUAGUCAAAAAGUUGGUACAGAUAUCCUUGGUUUCCAGGCGGAUGGUCCUGGUCAUAGACUAAUAUCCAAUUCACUAAAUUUUCUCGCUACUAAAUUCAACAACCCUCACUUUAACACGUUCAGUGAAAAUUUCCAAAAAUCCGAUAAUUCUGACGUGUUUACACGGUUCCUAAAAUCAACUUGUGAAGCUGAAGCAUUUCAAAAUGUCGGUGCUCAAAUAUGCCAAGAUAUCACAGUCCUUUCUAGCAAAUACUUUUAUCCAAUUGACACCAACUCUUUUGAAAAGUACAUAGAAGAAGAAAAUUUAGAAAAAGUCAUGGAUACUUUCCAGAAAAGUUAUACUUUCCAUACUUGGGAUCCGAAACGAAACACAAGUCUGCUGACGAACAAGUCACCCUUUUUUAAUCUAAUAGAAAACUUUUGUCCGAAGACGUACGAAAUAGGAAAUAAAAUGUUUUAA